AUGAAAAUAUCAGUGUCAAAGACAAAAUCUAUGACCAUUUCGAAAGAUUCACUCCGUUGUAAAUUGGCGAUAGACGGCACUAUAAUUGAACAGGUGAUGAGUUUCAAUUAUUUGGGAGUUGAAGUGACCAGUGACCGGGAUUCAAAUAGAGAAGUAAGGGCACAAGCCAGUAAAGGCGCUGCAAUAUCGGGAUACUUGCGUGAUGUAAUAUGGAGUAACAGAUACAUGCUGUUAGAUAAUAAAAUACGUAUCUACAAAACAUGCGUGCGUCCUAUAUUGACAUAUGCCGCGGAAUCAAGAUCUGACACGUCCAAAACAAAACAAUUAUUGCGAACAACAGAAAUGAAGACACUAAGGCAGAUAUGUGGGUACACACUAAGAGACAAAAAACGCAGUACCGACAUAAGAGAGGAGUGUAACAUUCAAGAUAUCGUUCGCUGGACCCGUGACAGACGGCGAUACUGGAGAGAUCACGUCAAUAGAAUGGGUGACAACCGACUUGCGAAAAUUACCAUGACCAGCAAACCGAGUGGGAAGAGACCAGUAGGCAGACCGCCCAAAAGGUGGCGCGAAUGUUGGACCUCAACCUCACAAGAACAAUAA